AAGUACAUCUUUGCUCAACGUCACUUGACGAAUCAUGUAGGAUUUUAUUUCAUCUUCCGCUAUCGAUAUGGCGGAUCAACACUACACAUUGUCAAGUUUUUCAGAUUCUGCCCUCAUGUCCCUCCCCUUGAGUGAAAAUCUACAAAGCCGAUCCAGUGAAAUUGCGACAUGUACCCUUGAUAGGUAUUCACUGCAUCGAUGGAGUCAAAGCUUGUUUAAAGGAACUUAUUUCGACACGGCUUCUCACCUUUAUUUCUUUCAUUUAUCCUCGGCGCCCUCUCCUAGAUCUCAUUCCGUCCACCGCGAAAAUCAUGGCAGAAGUUACUGAAUCUCAUGAUCCUACCCCGACCGACACUGUCAUGGACGAUGGCAUCGAAUCUCAACUUCCCAUCUUACACAAUGAUCGUCGUAUCCACCUAGAACGUCUCGCAGUAUUCCUGGCAUUUAGAGAAGGUUUUGCGCAAACGGCGGAGGCAACAAGAAAGUCAUUCCACGGCAACAAAAAGGCAUUUGUCAACAGAAGGCGAGAAUUCUUCGAACGGUUGAUUAGUAAACCAGAGAUUUCAUCGCAGCUGCACCAAAUGAAAAAGAAGCGUGUCAUCGCAGCCGCCGAAUUUCUGUUCAGGACUGGUCAUCUCUCAUCAAAUUCGACAAUGAAUAAACGCUUUGCGCAUCUCUCUGCAGAACAGAUCCGGAGUUUCGAGUGGAGGGCUUCUGUUUCUCUUCCUUCAUUGAAAAAGAGGAUAGUUGUAAUGGUGGAGUUGGAACCUCCUAUAUCAACGAGGACUAGAUCGAAUUGUGAGGGCUGUCGAAAAUUGAAGAUAGCUAAUGACGAAUCGAAACUCUCUGAUGAGAUGGAGAAAAUGUGUUUGUGUGCUGGGGGGUAUAAAUCCAAUUUGAAUGGAGAGAAUGGUGGCGCAGACUCGGCGAGAAAUGAUGAUGAUGAAAUGGAGAUGAACUAGUUUAUAGUCGUUACUGUGCGCAUGUAAACG